UUUCCCCUAGGCCGUCAUGUCUAGUGAUAUUGCAAUUGCGCAGUUCAAGUAUUUGGAAAGAUUACUUCUUGUACAUGGACAUUGGUGUUACCGGAGGAUGUCACCAAUGAUAUGCUAUUUUUUCUAUAAGAACAUCACAUUUGGAUUCACCCUAUUCUUGUAUGAGGUGUAUGCAUCAUUCUCUGGACAGCCUGCAUACAAUGACUGGUUUUUGUCUCUCUAUUGUGUCUUCUUUUCGUCACUUCCUGUAAUUGCCCUUGGGGUCCUUGACCAGGAUGUAUCUGCCAGGUACUGCCUGAAGGUAAAUUGUGUUUAUCAUCUAAGAAUGUUUGUUUCAAAUUCUCAAGCCCUUCAAAUGGCCAUUUCCAAAAUGGAGAAGGAAACUGGAAGAACAGCCGGAAGGGAUAUGCUGGGCGUGAGAAUGUAUACUUGCAUGGUUUGGGUGGUGAACUUGCAGAUGGCACUUGCUAUACGUUAUUUCACCUUGAUCCAACAUAUUUUUAUCUGGGGUUCCAUUGCAUUCUGGUAUCUUUUCCUUCUGGCAUAUGGAGCAAUGCCUCCAAAAUUUUCUACAAAUGUUUAUCAAGUCUUCAUUGAAACUCUCGCCACAUCUCCUUCCUUUUGG